CAGGCCCAUUUGCGGGCCCAGAAGGCCAGUAAAGAGCAGCAGCUGGAGACGAUGGACAGACAGUACAAGCAGCUGGAAGGACGCUUGGAUGAGAUGCUGUCCCGUAUUGCCAGAGAAACUGAGGAGAUAAAAGACUUGGAGCAACAGCUGACAGAAGGCCAGAUAGCAGCAAAUGAAGCCUUGAAACGAGAUCUUGAGGGGAUCAUCUCCGGAUUACAGGAGUACCUGGAGAGUGUGAAGGGACAGGCCAAGCAAGCCCAUGAUGAGUGUCGAGAGCUGCAGUCUGAGCGGGAAAUCCUGCUGCAGAGACUGGAAGAGCUGGAGGAAGAGCAGGAGAGGCUUCAGGCAGCAGCACAGGACACAGAAGAUAUGAAGAAGGAAAUUGAGGAGUUAGAACGAAGUCUUCAAGAACAACGGGAGCUGAACGAAUCUCUCCGCCAGGCCCAAGGCGACCUUGGUGCUUAUGAAGCCCAGAUGGAGGAGCAGCUCAGAGCACGAGAAGCAGACACCAGACAACUACAGCAGGAGCUAGAAAGGAGAAAGCAGCAAGGACAUGUGGAGAGUUCUGCACUGAAAGCUGAGCUGGAGAGAGACAGGCGUGCACUAGAGAAUGCGCUGACUAAGGCUCACAUGUUGGAGGAGAAGGAAAACGACAGCAAAAAGCUUUUGUAUCAGCUUCAGCAGCUGCAGAGAGAAAACGAAUCACUGAAGAAGCAGCUGAAGAAGGUGGAGGCUGAGCUGAAAGAUACCCUGCAGAACAUGGUACAUCCUGAACAGAUCACUACCCGAGUGUCAGAACUAAAGAGAAAGCUGCAACUGGAGUGGGAGAAGUCAGGUCUUUUGGCUCAUCAGACAUUCUUGGUCAGAACCUUGCAGAACUACAGCAGCAGAUAAAUGAAGUCCUGGGGAAGGCGGAGGAGGAGAAACAAGAAGCGGAGGAGAGGCAGAGAAAGUUACAGAAGGAAAUAGCAACCCUGCAGGAGAAAGCCAAAGAGGCCCCUGGAGAAUAUAAAAAGGCUUGCAACAAAGCUGCAGAAGCCAGGAUCCAGCAGGAGAAGAGGCAGUGGGAGUCCAGAGUGCAGCAGCAGGGAGAGAGAAAUGCAUCAAUUAAAUGAAAAACUGAAGACGAUGGAGGAGUUUCAAGGUCUGGCUGACCAGCAGCUGGUGGAAGCAGAUGAAGAGCG